GCUAGGCUCGUGCGACAACAAUCUUAAUACAAACCUGUUGGUCGGCAUCAGGUGUGCAUACACGUACGCUACGUUGAUCCGCAACUAUGGCAGGACUAGGAAAAUAUCUGCCGAGUUGGCUGGGGAGCGGGUCUGAGACGCCGUCCACGCCUCAAAGCAGAGGCACACUGGAAUUUGCAAAGCAUCAUUCUGAAAAUGUUCAGACUUUGUUCUUGAAGUCGGAGAAGAGCUUCGAUAAGGACUUGACAAUGUCUAGUAGUUCAGCUCACAGCAUGCAGGAAGAGUUCAUGUCUCCUAGUUUAAGACUGCUGAGCCGUCAUGGUGAGCUGUUCCCGUCUCUGCCCCUCGAAAGGCCUAAAAGUGGCAGCUUGCUGGAACAGCUGAGCCAUCAUGGUGAGCUGUCCCCGUCUCUGCCCCUCGAAAGGCCUCAAAGUGACGGUGCGCUGGGGGAGCUUCAAAGGAUCCAUUCUGAAUUUGUGAAGACAGUUAAAAUCUCAGUUAUCAGAGGUCUCCUGGAUGACCUUUUGCAGCAGAAAGUGUUGAGUACUGAGGACAAAGACUCUGUGAUCGAGAACCAGAAGAGCAAAAGGGAAAAAGCACGCUGUCUGAUUGACAUGGCGACUGGAAACGGGGAGAGAGCAAGUCAGAUAAUGAUUGAUAGUAUGAAGAAGAGGGACCCUGACUUAUGCAUCACCCUGGGUCUUAUCUCUUCUCCUGCUGGUGUGGGUCUUAAAGAGGACAAGACAGUGGUAAAGCCAAGGAAAGAAAAAAGAGGAAAUGGAGGCCGGAAAAGACGUACAAGUGAAUCAGAAGAAGAAGAGAUCAAUAAGAAAUCUUGCACGGUGGAUGGGUCAGGCAGCAACACUGAAACCCGUUCCGCAGGGCAAGCUCUGACCGAGAAGGAGCUCCUGAUGGUGGCCGAAACGCUGGGACAGGAGUGGGAGCAGGUGGCCAUCCACCUGGGGCUGGGGUCAAAUGAUCUAGACACCAUCAAGGCAGAACAUACAUCUGUGGCCAUGCAGAAGCAGAAGAUGUUGUUGCUGUGGCAGCGCCGAUCAGGAAAGGCCACAGCUCAGGACCUGCUGAGAGGUCUGGAAGACAUGAAGGACCUACCGCUCGAGACUCGUCAGUUAUUGACAGGCAUGAUGAAGAAAUCAUCAGAAUAGUUACUUGGCAGAUUCCAUAGUGCAGUGGAUGUCUCCGUCGAAAGAAAAGCCCUGAAGAUUGACCAAAACUAGCGAUGAGCCAACUAACCUGAAACAGUUUCUAAACUGUUUAAAUUACAUUUAUUUAGCUGACACGUUAGUCCAAAGCUUCUGGAAUUUCAUUUCAGAAUGGAAGACAAACCCAAAAAGUGCAGGAAUAUGUGCAAGUGCAAGUAGAUAAAAGGCAUUCAAUAAGGAAGGUGCUUUAAGUGCUACAUUAUAGAAACAAGUGAUAGAGAGCUUUCUAUCUGAAUUAUUUUUCAUAUGCCAAGAUGCAGCCGGAAAAGAUGAGUUUUCAAUCUGCACUCUUCUUCCAAAUGUCUUGACCGUGUAAAGUUAUUAUUGAUAUCAUGUUUAGAAUAGUUCCUCCUUCCUGUGCUAGUACAUGUGUACUAAACUGUUCCCCUCAGGUACCUCCUAUAGCCAGGUAUAGACAGGAAUUUUGGUAUGAUUGUGAUUAGGAUUAGGAUUAUCCAAAACAUAAUUCAGGACUCUUUUUGAUAGUUUCCCCAAGAGGCAGCUGGUAGUGUGUCAUUUUAUUUUUAUAUAUUAUUUUCAGGGCCGUUGCUACAAUUCCUGGGCCCCUAGACAAGAUUUACUGAUGGGCCCCCCUGCGCUGAAUUGUUGACGGGGGGGGGGGCAAUUGUUGACCGGGGAGAACAAGUGUUGACGGGGGGGUGGGCUGUGGGCCCCCUGAAUCGUCAUCACCUUUCACCCCUUAUCGACGGCCCUGAUUAUUUUAACAUGUUCAUGACUCAUGACCCAUACUGUGAUUAUUCAGGUUUCUACAAAAAAACAUCCGUAAUUUACUGAUAACCUUACCUCAGGGUGUUCACCGUAACAUUAUCCUGACCCUGGAAUGUUCAAACAUCUGUUUGGUGCAAAAUUAAAAUGAUUAGUGGAAAAGGCUUCUUUCUUGCUUCAUUUGUUUUUAGUCACGCCAAUAUAU